AUGACGGAACUAAGGCCAAUUAGUCUUUGUAACGUGGCUUACAAGAUCAUUUCCAAAGUUCUCUGUCAAAGACUCAAGACCCUGCUACCAAAGUUAAUUUCGGAGACACAAUCUGCCUUUGUGUCUAGUAGGUUAAUUUCGGAUAACAUCCUCAUCGCUCAAGAAAUGUUUCACGGUCUGCGAACGAAUAAGUCCUGCAAAGGGAAACAUAUGGUUGUUAAAACCGACAUGAGUAAAGCCUAUGACCGAGUUAAAUGGACCUUUAUCGAAGCGCUCAUGCGGAAAAUAGGUACCACAUCGGGGCUUAGACAGGGAGACCUACUUUCUCCAUAUCUGUUCAUUCUGUUCACGGAAAUAUUGAUAACCAAUCUCAAGAAAGCAGAGGAGACCAAGCUGAUUACUGGACUAAAGCAAAAGCGGAUCAAUGGGUGGACAUCGAAACUCUUAUCCAGAGUAGGCAAGGAGGUACUCAUAAAAUCAGUCGUCUCUGCGAUUCCAACGCAUGUGAUGUCAUGCUUCAGACUCCUAAAAGGGGUAACCAACAAACUCUCUAGUGUUGUUUCCAACUUCUGGUGGAGCAAUAAUGGACAAACGCGUGGUAUGCACUGGUUGGCAUGGAAGAAAUUAUGCCGGCACAAGUUUGAUGGUGGUUUGGGCUUUAGAGCCAUUAAAGACUUUAACACAGCUUUGCUAGCAAAGCAACUAUGGAGGCUAUUGGACAAUCCGGAAUCGUUAUUUGCGAGGGUGUUUAAAGGAAGAUAUUUUCGGAAUACGACCCCAUUGGAACACAUUCGCUACUAUUCACCAUCAUAUGGAUGGCAAAGUAUCAUCUCAGCUCGACCUUUGGUUCACAAAGGGCUUAUUAAAAGGGUUGGUUCAGGCUCCUCCAUUUCAGCAUGGAAUGAUCCAUGGAUACCAGCUACUCGUCCGAGGUCAGCUCUAUGUAGAUGUAUUAAUUACUAUCCUCACUUUCGAGAGAGUGAGCUGAUUGAUCCUCAUAUAUCAACGUGGAAUCUCCCACUAUUGGAACAGUUGUUUGAUAGCACAGAGGUAGCUAUUAUUAAUGGUAUUCCAACAACUAAUAUUACAGAUGGGGAGGCACCAAUUGUCUUUGGACCUGAUACAAGGAAAUUACUGGCAUUCACUUGGACUGUCAAAUGCCCGCCAAAGAUACAACAUUUUCUAUGGCAGAUUUUGACUGGAUGUAUUUCAGUAGGAGCACAACUACGUAGUCGUGGCAUCCAAAUUGACCCAAUAUGUACUCGGAGUGGAACACAUGAGGAAACGAUAAACCAUGCAUUGUUUGAAUGCCCUCCAGCAUUUCAAACUUGGGCUCUAUCAAGGAUUCCCACGCCACCACAUAUUUUUCCCACAGACGCCGUUUUCACCAAUUUGGCUCACUUGUUUUGGCAUCUGCCAAAGGAUGACACUAUGUUGGUUUACCCAUGGCUCAUUUGGUCGAUGGGGCGUGGAAAGCAACAGAACGCCGUGCGGGAUUCGGAUGGUUUUACCACAACCGAGAAACAGUAUAAUAAAUAUGUCAUGGUUUUCGAGACAGACUGCUCGGACGUGGUUAAGAUGGUAUCUAACCCAAUGGAGUGGCCAGCUUUUUCGAUUCUCCUUGAAGAAGUAGACAGAUGCAGACGAAGAUUUAUCUCAUGCGACAUCCAUCACAUUCCCAGGACGAAGAACACGAAGGCAGACAAGCUAGCAAGCAGUGCACGAGAUCUCCUUCAUGAUGUGUAUUAUGUUAAUUUUGUUCCGCCAGUUUGGGUCUCCCAUCCAAUCUAG